AUGCCCUCCAAGGAUCGUGACGCCGCCGUCGACGCCGCCGCCUCUGCCGCCGGCGCCGAUGACGUGCCGCGCGACAAGGCCCGCCGCUCCAAGUCGGAGCGGAAACCCGACAAAGACCGCGAGCACCGCCACCGCUCCUCCAAGUCGCGCAGCAAGCUUGGCGUCGACGGCAGCGACCUGCACUCGCACGUGUCCUCGCCGGCGAAGCGCCACCGCAAGAAGGACAAGGACAAGGACGACGCCCGGGAGCGGUCUGCGUCCACGAGCGAUUUGGCCGCCGGCAUCUCCAGGGUGUCGCUCGAGCGGCCACGCAUCUCGUUGCCGUACCCGACGUUCAGCAAGGCGCACAGCAAAGAGGCCGUACACAGCCGCGAGGACCUCUCCGGCAAGCAGUCGUCGCACCCCUUGACGCCAGAGCCGACCGACGUCGGAGACGAGGAGCGCCGCUCCAAGUCGGCUGAGCUCCCCCGCAAGUCGUCAACCUCGAAGAAGUCGUCUCGGCCGCCGACCCCUCCCGAAACGGACGUGGCGCAUAAGAAGAGAUCAGAGAAGCGAUCCAGGGAUGACGACCCGGCUUCGCCCGCCUCCAGGUCUGGUUCGCGCAACGACGACAAGGCCUCAAGGGUCAGCCGCAAGUCUGGCUCGUCCAGUCAGGCCACCUACAUAAAAUCUCCAAAGCUCAAGGCUCACGAGAAGCUUCGGCCCUCUGGGUCGGUCCGGUCCAGCUCAUCGCGGCACUCGACCAAGCGGACGGACUCGACGCGGAGUAGCUCACGGCGGCACGAGCCCAGGGACGACGAAUCCUCGCCGUCGAGCGUUCAGGACUCGUCCCCCAAGACGCCGACCCCUUCGACCCAGUUCCCGCUCUAUGGCAGCGCCAAGAACGAGCCACCUGCGACACCCGACGUCGGUCAGAAUGACUACCCCUCCAAGACGGCAACACCCGCCUCUGCCGCACCUGGGCCGCCUCCUCCCCCUCCGCCACCUCCCGCUGUCGACAUCCAAGACAUACCCCGGGUCGACUACCUCUUGCAGAACGGCGGCCUGUCCUACCCCGUUCCGAGGCAUUUCCUGUCAGUGUUGCCGCCGCAAAAUGGCACGCGGCCCUCGAACCCGCCGUUGGCUGGCGCCGAGACGUUAUUCGCGCCUUUCUUCAACCUUCUCGAGCAGUAUUCGACUGUCCUAACGAAACAGGGCUCCAUCGCGGUCGCCACAGGCCAUCGCUCUGUAGCGCGGCGUCUACUCGACCGGCUCGAGAACGUCUUCUCGCGCGACCUGCCCCCCCACGGCUGUGCCUGUGUCAUGUGCGAUCGGUCCCAUGAGAUUCAUAGGGGUUUGACCUGGGGUGACGUUCUGGAGUGGGUGAGCGGCCGGAUCGAGCUGCCAGAGUGGCCACCGUUCGACCUUGCCGAGAUCAGCCUCAAAGCGGCCGAAAUUUCCGCAGAGGCGCCCCCGCGCCCGUCGUCGCCGGUGCAGAUGGAUCCCGAUAUCGCGGAAGAGUUCAGAGAGCAUUAUCUGCGUCAGUCCAAGAAAGUGCGGUCUGCCGUCGACAAGUGGCUCAACAAGACGGGCGAGGCUCCCGUCCCUCCACCUCAGGAGGUGGACGACGAGACGCUUGCCUUUGCCAUCUUGACCAACUUGGACGCGGAGGACCGACCGUAUUUCAACGCCCUGUUGACGGGGUCCCGAGAACUCAAGUCUUCGACACGCGCCCCGACGCCCGGAAACCGCCCUCGGAGCGACUUUGUCGUCAAGUGCGGUCUGUCUCUCCAGAGACUAUAUCGCCUGCAACAGGCUCCUCGAGACGCCGAAUGCGUCACAUUCCUCGUCAAGAACCCGCACACGCAUGACCUGCUCGUGACCAUUUCCAACAUUAACAAGUCGGAGUGGGAGAUUCUGACAUCCGGACGGUUCGACGGCUUCCUGUGGUCGGGCGCAGAUGCCGACGACUUUGCCGCUGGAGCCGAGUCGAGAGGAGGGACGCCGGUGUUUGGGCGCUCGGCGAUGAGCCCAGGUCCGCGGGGCUCGUCGGCCAUGGGGUCGAGAAAUGCGACGCCGUUUUCUCCGUACUCCAGGGGCACCACGCCCGCAUCGUUCAUCAGUCUCGCGUCUUCGGGUCUCCCUGGCGGAAGACAGCCCGUUUCAAACGACGAGGAGAUGGAGAUGGCCGCCGCCGCGGAGAUCGAGAGGGAGAUUUACGCAGGCAUGGAGAUUCUCGAGGACGCUUUCGAGAAGCUCCAUCACAAGGCGGAGAUGGUUCGCACGGCUCUGCGACAGCGGGGCGCCGGACUCAUGCAAAACUUCCAGAGCCGCCAGCGAAUUGACGUGCUCCCGAACCCGGGCUCCGCCAACUCGCAGGGCUCCGGAUACGAGCGGCCGGCGUGGGCCACGGCCGGGGCCGCCGCCGGGAGCGAGGCGGAUGGCGCCAACAGCGACGAGGAGUGGUUCGAUGAUGUGGACAUCAUGCCGGACGACUCGGCCAGCAACAUCAGCAGCUCCCGCCACAGACGGCCCAAGAGACGCACCGAGAGGCGGACCCCCGCGCCCAUCGAGGAGGACGACGAGGAGUAG